AUGAAUAAUAUUGGUCAAAAUAACAAUAGUCAGUUACAUGUCCAUUAUCAGAACAAUCCAGAUGAAAUAAAUGGAAAUCGCCGACCGCGACCCACAAGUGCACAGCACCAACAUCAUUCGACAACCUCUACAUCAAGACAAAACGGUCAUACAUCCUCAUCGCAACUGAAUACAACAGCAAAGCUUGAACAGUCAAUUCUUCGCCAUGAAACAGAUAAUACUAAAAGUAAUACAAGUAUCAAUAAUAGUAAAAGUAAUACAAGUAUCAAUAAUAAUAAUAAUAAUAAUAAUAAUCGCUCAUUAAACAGUAAAGGUAAAAAUCGAUUAUAUAGUACAUGGACACCAUUACAAGAUGAAGAAACAAAUGCUAAAUUAUUUGAUGAGAGAAAAACACUCGUUAUCAAAUGGUUUGAUAAGUGGACGGAUGAACAACGACGAUUUGCUUUAGAUGAAUUAAUGACUCAAUGUCGACCUAAACAAUUAACAUUCACAAGAAAUCUGUUAACAAAAAAGUUUCCAGCACUACAUCAAGACUUUACCCGUUCAUUUCCACGUGUACUAUCAUUAUAUAUAUUUAGUUUUCUCGAUCCAAGAAGUCUUUGCCGUUGUGCACAAGUCUGUUGGUUCUGGAAGUUUUUAACUGAAAAUGACCAACUUUGGAUGCCAAAAUGUUUACGUUUUGGCUGGACACCACGUCACACGCCAUCGUCGUAUGAGAAUGCUGUUUGGAAACGUGUUUAUGGGUCAAAUAUCCAAGCAUUACAAACAAUGCCUAUACGAGAUAACCAACUCUACAAUACUCAUCGACCUCAAAAUGCUUUACACGAUAGCGAAUAUGAUAAGCAUGACCGUUCAAAUUUAUCAUCUCGUCAAAAUACAAAUCGUUCAAAUUCUGGUCGUCAUCAUCAUAAUCAUUCAAUGUUGAAUACGAGUACUGGCAGUACUAGUAGUAAACAAAAAAAUAUUCAGCCACCUUGGCGUGCAAAUAGUAAAUUUCCUACAGAUACAUUACGAUUUAAUUAUUUGGAUAAUGAUGAUACUGUUUUGGAAACAUUAAUAGCUCGAAACCGUAAAUAUUCUUCUCAAAAUUAUAAUACAUCAACAGCGCAUGAAUCGGAUCAUGAAAAAGAACGCCGACGUAGUCGUACGAAAGAUGAAAACAAUAAUAGUUAUAGAGAAAAACGACGAAGUCAGUCACUGAGUGCUCGUGGUAGUCCUUCUCCCAGUUCAAGACCAUAUCAUGAUAAAACAUCAGGUGAAAGAGAAUUUGGUAUUGCCACAUUAACCGGAAACCAUUCCUUUACAAUUCGUCCUCAAUCAACUAUGGCCAAUCGUCCUGAUCUUCCUCGACCACCAUCAUCUCAAAAAGUAAAGUAUUCAUCAUCAAAAACAUUUGGAAGUGAAAUACCAAAUCGAAAUUGGAAUACAACAAAUGAUGAAUAUGACGAUUAA